UGCUAGAAUUCCUUAUUCAUAUUUGUCAGACAGGGAUAGAAAAUAAAAAUAAUGGAGAGAUAGGCAAUAGAAGCCUUGUCUUUAUAUGGAUCUGCGAAUAUCAUUUUUUUUUUUUAUGUUAUCUGUAUUUUGAAUGAUUGAUGAUGAUGCAGGUGUAUUGAAAACCAUGUUGAUUCCCUAUACCUUCUCAUGAUUGAUCAUUCGAUAUCAUUAAUGCGUUCUUGAAAUGGCUGUCCAUAGUUGAAGAAUCUUGUACUUGACAUAACCCUUGUUCAUGCUUACGAUAAAAACACGCUUGUUGGGUUUUUUCUUGUUUAAAUCAUGGGUUAAAGUUGAACAUGUGGGUUUUUUAUUCUGCAACUGUAAAACUUGAAACUAGCCUACAAAUGGGUUAGUUUAUGAUAAAUUGUGAGUUUGAGUUCUGGGGUUGAAAGGUUCUUUCCAGUCUUAUGGUGUAGGAAUGUUUUGUCUCCACCAUAGCAGAUCUUGGAGAAAAGAAACUGGUUUGGGUUUAAGGACGUUUGAUGGAGGAAUGGCAUUCUCAUUUCAUAAAUUAAAUUAUUCACCAUUUCUUGUAGGUAAUAUACAUAAGAAUAGGAGUCAUUAUAGAGCAAGAACAGAUCUGUCUGUAUCUGUUCACUUUUUCUCAGUUUUUGUUCAAAUUGAUGAGAGUAGAAGUUCAUCAAAAUCCAAGAAGAUUUCACUUUCAGGUACUGCUCCAAAAAGAUAUCAGAACCCCAAUUCCCUGCUGAAACAGGCAAAUACAGUGGGAAUCAUUGGAGGUGCAUCUGUUCUAUCUACUCUUAUUUUCCUGGAAAAGCUUGUCUGGUGGAGCUCAAGAGAUGGAGAGGAAUGCAUUCCUUUUGUUGUGUGCAGCGAUCCUUCAAUAACUAGGGUGGUCCCAUCACAUUCAUUUAGCAGCAGAAAUGCAGAAAUUGAAUCAAAUGUUGGCUUGCUCAUUGAGAAUUUGCAGUGUAAAAUGAAAUUUCUUGAGCAGUCUGGUGCUCGUUGCCUGGUGAUGCCAUGCCAUGUUUCACAUGCGUGGUAUGAUGAGAUAUCUGAGGGCUGUAUGCUGCCAUUUUUUCAUGUUGGUGAUUGUGUUGCUAGUGAGCUCAAGGAAGCUAAGUUGAAGCCACUUGAAGCUGGGAGUGAUGUGAGAAUUGGGAUGCUUGCUUCAAAUUCAACUUUAACUGCCGGUUUUUAUCAGGAAAAACUGCAGAAUCAGGGCUUUGAGGUUGUGUUGCCAGACAAGGCAACCAUGGAUCACAUUCUAAUCCCUGCAAUUGAAGCGGUGAGUAGAAGGGACAUGGAAGGGGCAAGAAAUCUCUUAAGAGUAGCAAUCCAAAUUCUUUUGAUGAGGGCAGUGAACAAAGUAAUCCUUGCUUCUGAUGAACUUCAGGGUCUCCUGCCUUACGAUGAGCCUCUUCUGAAAAAAUGUAUAGAUCCCAUGGAUGCAUUGGCCAGGUCAGCCGUAAGAUGGGCUAAGAAUUAAAGAAAGGUAUAUGAGAAUAAUAUUCAAGGGAAACUCUGAUCAGUGAUCAUCAUCAUUGUCUACUGAUAUGAGGUGUAAAUAGCUCCUGGAAUUUCCUGCACAAUCACCAGCAGUAUUUUGCAAAUAGCGAUUCUAUUCAAAUUUUCUGCUUUUAGUUUUCGAGUCUUGAUGCCAUUUGCUUGUUUCAGCACAUUCUGUAAGAUUUCAUUAAAUUUUUGUGAAUUUUCCGUGAUGCUAUUGAUUAUCUGAUAGCCUGAAUAAAAAUCUGCAGAAACCAUUCGUCGAAGAUGGUUUGCUCAUGUACUAUACCAAGUGAAGAAAACCGUACGUUCAAUAAAAAGAAAUGUUAAAUCUGCAA